AUGCGGAUUGCUGCAAGGGUCGGUGUUUUAGUUUUCUGUCUCACAGUUUACUCUCUAGUGUAUAUAUCAUUUAUCAGACAGGAGGGGUCUAAUGAUAAGAUACAAAGGCCAGAAGAUCUUGAAGUCCUUACAAGACUGAAGAGAAUAGAAGAUCAAGUUUCUAAAAUAGCCCAAUUCAUAGAAGUUAAAAAUGAACAAGUGAAAGAAUCUCAUGUGGAGCAGAAAAAAACUAUGAAAGUUAAGAAGUUGUAUCCAGAUUCAUAUCUCUUCAGUUCAUGGGGAAAUGAACUUUCAGAGGAAGAACAGACACGAGCAGAAAAGCUCUUUCAGGAAUAUGGAUACAAUGUGUUCUUAAGUAACAGAUUACCAAUCAACCGAACAAUCCCUGACACUCGAGAUCACAGGUGUGCUGAGAAGAUCUACCCUAAGGACUUGCCUACCAUCAGUGUGGUUUUGAUUUAUUUAAAUGAGGCUCUGUCAAUCAUACAGAGGGCUGUCUGCAGCAUCAUUGACAGAACGCCGCCUCAUCUACUAAAGGACAUCAUCUUGGUUGAUGACUACAGCUCCAAAGUUGAUCUGCAGUUGGCUCUGGAUGAAUAUAUUGAUCAAAUUAAUAAAAAUAAGCCUGGUUUACUUAAGAAGGUGAGACACACAAGACCGAUGGGUCUUGCGAAGGCGAGAAUCUCAGGCUGGGAGGCGGCAACAGGCCAAGUGGUAGCCAUUUUGGAUGCCCACAUUGAGGUUCAUAAGCAAUGGGCAGAGCCGCUCCUUGCAAGAAUCAAAGCAGACAGGACAACAGUGUUGUCGCCAGUGUUCGAUAAGGUAAACUUUGACACCCUGGAUGUUGUUCACUAUCAGCCAUCGGCUCAUGGGUUUGACUGGGCACUUUGGUGCAUGUAUGAGUCCUUUCGGCCAGAAUGGUUCAAACUUAAAGACCCAUCAGAACCUGGAAAGAGUCCCUCUGUAAUGGGUAUCCUUGUCGCCGAUCGUCAAUUCUUGGGAGAAAUUGGUAUUUUGGAUGAAGGAAUGGAGAUUUAUGGGGGAGAGAAUGUUGAACUAGGAAUACGUGUCUGGCUUUGUGGUGGGAGUAUCGAAGUGGUGCCGUGUUCCAAGAUAGCGCACAUAGAAAGAGCACAUAAGCCUUAUUCACCAGAUCUCAGCAAGCCCAUGAUUCGAAAUGCCCUAAGAGUGGCUGAAAUAUGGAUGGAUGAAUAUAAAUCAAAUGUGAAUAUUGCCUGGAAUCUACCAUUGAAGGAUCAUGGGAUUGACAUUGGAGAUGUGACAAAGAGAAAAAAGUUACGAGAUAAACUUGAAUGCAAACCCUUUAAAUGGUACCUGGAAAACGUUUAUCCACAGCUGGACACCUGGGAGAACAUAUUGGGUUAUGGUGUGUUAAAGAACAACAUAAAAGAAGACCUCUGCAUUGAUCAAGGACCUGUACCUGGAAGUGUACCAAUUCUUUAUAACUGUCAUUAUUAUAAUCCUCAGCAUUGUCACUACAGCCGUAAUGGGGAAAUUUAUGUUGGAGGCAUCAAAUCUCACAUUUACAAUUCUAACCGGUGUCUAUUGGAUUCUGGCUCUGGGAAAACGCCAACAUUAAUUGACUGUAAACAUGCCAAAGAGAAAGGACUUAAUAUACAGUGGAGCUUUACCCAGGGCCAAGAAAUAAGAAAUAAAAAUACAAACCGUUGUCUUGAGAUUGCACAAGGAGAAGAUUCAUACUACCAUCUUGUUAUGCAAAAAUGCACAGGUCAAAUUUGGAAAAUACAACAUGUUGUCAAAGAUUUUUAAUGAACAGAAUUUGAAACAUACUGUGUCAGAAGAAAUGGUCAAACAUUCCCAAGCUGUCACCCUUUAUAAAGGUCCUAAUAUGAACCAUUUAGAGACAUCUGGUCAGAGCCGGCCCAGCCACUAAACGACACUUGCAAUUGCAAAGGGCCUCGUGGCCAGCAGAGGGCCCCCUAGCUAGGGCCAUCACUUAGCUAGUGGUUGAAAAAAAUCAUUCAUCAAAAGUAACAUAAAAUAAAUAUUCAUUAUUUAUUAUUAUGGCAAUGUUAAAAAGGCUGUUACUUGUUAUUAUAGUUAUUAUGAAAGUUCGCUAAUAAAUAAGAUCUCUUUCUUGCCGAGAUUGAUUGACACACAACAUCCAGCGCAGCAGCCAAUCAGUGCCCGCGAUCUAUGUGCAGGCGAGCAUCCCGCCCACAGAACGCAAAGUUGAGUUGAGCCAGAUCACUGAUACAGACGCGAACUUUUGCUGUUGCUUUAAGGACAAUUUCUUUAAUGCUAUGUGUGUUUGUGCGUAAAUGCGAAGUAAGUGGAUCUUAUUUGACUUCGGUAAUGACCAAACCUGUGUUCUGUUUGACUUCUCUUUCUUAUAUUUGCCAUCAUAACGUGAAUUGGUAUAUUAAGCUUAAUAAUUAAUAUUUAAACGGUUUAACGUGGUAAAUUAAUUCUGUUACGCUUAUAUUUCACGUAUGCCAUUGUCAUUUCUACAUAUGUAUGUCAUUAGUGUAAUUAUAUUGUUAAACGUCUGAAUUUAAAGUGUUUUAUGUGUAAGAGUAAACAAACUCAUGCGCAUAUGCGUGGUGGUACAUGCCCAGACAGCGAACUGUUUUUAAAACCACCUGCUGGCCUUUGCAAAAGUUUAUAAUGUCACUGUUCAGUCUUUAAUAUUUAAACUAUAGCAAUGCAUAUGACAUACAGUAGUCAGCUUUGUUAGAUUAAUGUUAUGAAUGCAAUGUUAAUUGUUAAUCUUCAAUUAUUAAUAUUAUUUGCAAGUUAAUUGUUAUUAUCCACAAACCUAUGUUUGUGUCAGAUUUUGCUCAUCUCAAACAAGCCUAUUAACUUUUGUUAUGCUAUUUACGUAAGGGAUAAUAUAUAGUGAGGCGAAUGUUAGGUACUAUUAACCUUGUUUGUGAUGUUUUAGAUAUUAUUGUUAAUUUUGUUUAUUUGAAAAAUUUAAACAUUUAAGUGUUAUAUUUAUUAUUUUAUAUUAUAUUUUAUUUAAAUGUUAUUCUAUUUACUCAAUUUCAUUCAAAUUAUAUAUAGGCUGUUGUUUGUGCCUCUUAAACUCUGGUGUCAAUUAAAAAUGUUUCUUUGAUGGUCAGUGAAAAGUCUUUUUAUUUAGCAAGUUCAUCAGUGUGUGUUUGUUGCACUGCACUGCCAUUCAGUUCAGUCAGUGGUAUCAUAUUUUUUCCUGUUAGACAUCAAACAUGGAACUCAAAUCAAGAACUCAAGGGGGCAGUUUCCCUGACAGGAAUUAAAGUAGUCCUAGACUAAAAUAAAAGUAGGCUAAGAGCUGUCCAAACUGAAAAAAGCUUGCACUGACAUAUCUUAAAAUACACCAGUGCUCUUUGUUUUGCCUCAAAAUCCACACAAAUAAUGUUUUUAGUAAGGCAUUUUUGUUCAAAUUAGUUAUGUUUUCUAAUUAAACUAAGGCCGAGUCCUGUCUUAAGAUAUUCCCUGUCCGGGACCACCCCAAGGUCUUUUAUUGUCAUUCUGUAGGCUACAUGUUGCCACAUAAGAACGAAAUACGUACUCAGGACCAGCAAUGUAAAAAAGAUCAUUAACAUACAGUAUACAUAGAAUAAUUAAAACAUAAUUUAAUAGACACAUUUAAAAAAAAUAACAUAGUAGAGAUAAUAUGUGCAGUAUAGUCAUAAGGUAGUCAUUGCUUUUCUUUAGGCCUUACUUAAAACGGUCAAAGGGGCCUCCGACGAAAUUUUGCUUAGGGCCCCCAAAGGUCUAGGGCCGGCUCUGCAUCUGGUACCAAUAUGCACAUUUUAGGUACUAAUAUAAGCUAUUUAGGUGUAAAGGUCCUUUUUUUGACGGUGUAGGUGCCAAGUUAGAUUUUUUUACUCUUAUUCAUUUCACCUUUGUGUAUUUUGCUCUGUUUUAUGUUAAACCAUACCUUGUUGGUUUGCAGAACAUUUUAUUCAUUCAUCUGUUAACUCUUGCUAUAUAGAUCUUAAAAGUACAGCAUGUCUGGCUUCAUAAACUUUGGAGGUUUGGGAACACCAGUUUUCUGUAUUUAUACUGUUUACAUAAAAACACUUUUCUGUGUUUUGUAUGAAUACAUUUUAUUGUGUACAUUUGUUUGUGCUUUAAUACAUUUGUGUUUCUACCAUUAAUUCAUUGUGGUUUAUCACACUUGUACAUGUUACUUGACUUUAUUAGCUCUUGUUAAUAUCAAUAACAGCUAAUAUUAGUUGUUUUUAAUCUCUCUAUAAUAGAGGACAGAUUACUCUGUAUCUAACGGUAUAUUUG